AUGUCUGUGGGCUCUUUGCACCUUUCCCAAGCAUUGAGAAAGGAUGACAUAGCUCAUGAGCUGCCAGCGGGUGAGCUCAGCACAGUCUCUGUGUCGGUGUGGCUUGCUAGAGGGCAGUCACCGAGCUGUGCGGCACCUCCUAACGCCAUGCCCCUCUCCUUCCCCACAGUGCCCAUCUACGUGCCGUUCCUCAUCGUGGGCUCUGUGUUUGUCGCCUUUAUCAUCCUGGGCUCCCUGGUGGCGGCCUGUUGCUGCAGAUGCCUCCGGCCGAAGCAGGAACCGCAGCAGAGCCGAGCCCCGGGAGGCAGCCGCCUGAUGGAGACCAUCCCCAUGAUCCCCAGUGCCAGCACGUCGCGGGGCUCUUCCUCCCGCCAGUCCAGCACGGCCGCCAGCUCCAGCUCCAGCGCCAACUCGGGGGCCCGGGCGCCCCCCACGAGGUCCCAGACCAACUGCUGCUUGCCCGAGGGCACCCUGAACAACGUGUAUGUCAACAUGCCGACGAACUUCUCCGUGCUGAACUGCCAGCAGGCCACCCAGAUCGUGCCACACCAAGGGCAGUAUCUGCACCCCCCGUACGUGGGGUACACGGUGCAGCACGACUCUGUGCCCAUGACACCCGUGCCCCCUUUCAUGGAUGGCCUGCAGCCCAGCUACCGGCAGAUCCAGUCCCCUUUCCCCCACACCAGCAGUGAGCAGAAGAUGUACCCCGCGGUGACCGUGUAACUGGGAGUCACCGGUGGGUUCCUGGACCGCACGAGACGAAUGCAGGGAUGGAUUCUCACGGUGGAUGUGCGUGUGUUGGCGACGUUCAUGGUGUGAUUCUUGUGGAUGGCUUCACCGGCCCCCAGACUGGAUGAAAACGUCUCCGGUUGAGCGUUUCUGGCUGUUCCAUCUCCGGGUGUCACUGACAUAGGAUGGGAAGCCGACCUCUGCUUGGACGCCUGUGAAGUGGCUGAUAGGUGUGUGAUGGAUGCUUGAGUCCUAAGUGCCCUCUGAGGUAUGGUUGUCAGAAAAGUUUUAUAAACUGGCAGAUUAAGGGUUUUUAUGAUGUCGUGAUUAUUAUUUCUUUGUUGUUUUGACUGUGCAAGAUCAGCAUACCUGUUAUCUCCCUUUUACCUGGACCGUUUUGUAUAAGCAUCCACGGUUGAGAGGCAGACAUAAGUAACAUAAUUAUUUCUAAAAGGAAGUCAACUUGAACUCUGAGAUUAGUCAUCGAGCUCAGUUUCCACAGGCAUAUCUUAAUUUCAUUGUAAAAAGAUAUAUAUAUUGUCUAUUUUUGUGCUUUUCGGGGGGCCUAUUUUGUGCUUUUUUACCUGUGUAGAGAUCUUAUUACAAAGUGAUUUUCUACAUUAAAAAGAAACGGAAAGAAAUUGUAUAGUUAAUUAAUGAAGAUAUUUCAGAACUCUGGGAUUAUUUUAAUCUUGAAGUAGCGGGUGGUGUAGUAAUAAAACCAUUCAUUCAUCCCCUUCUUGAUUGUAUCUUAAUUUUAUGGCUUUACAGUGACAUCUGAGAAGUAAUUUGAUGUUCUUUAUGUUAGAAACCACAAACUGUCAGCUGCUGCUUCUCUGAGUUACUUUGAUUUUGCCACAUGGUGUACGGUUUGGCAUUUUGUUCCAUCUGGUUUUCAGAUCCCCGUGUCUACGUAGUCCUGAGUGCGAGUAAUUAUUGCAGUUAAAAAUGAAGAGCGAUCUUUCUGCCUAGAUCUGAUCAAUACAGUUUCUUGUUUGAGUUCUACAAAUUCGAACAACUGUGUUACAAAGAUACUUAGUGUAAUUCCUCGGUCAUAACUUGAGACGGGAUGAAAUUGAAACCACAGAGAUGAUUGACUUUGCAAAUCAUAAGGCUUUUUAUUCUCUUAUCAGAAUGGCUUAUUUUUCAGGCAACAGGGACUAUUAAGUCGAAAGAAAAGCUUUUCUAAGAAUAUCGCCUCUCUCCCCCAUCUCCCCCCUUGUUUGUUUUUCCUCUUUUCAUCAAGCACUGUAUUCAUUGCCAAAUGUUCUGAACGAUCAAAUUCAAAUGUAUUGUUUACUUAUAAAAAAGAGGUAACUUUCAGUAUGUGCAAGUGAGUUUCCAACUGCUAGCAAAACCAAGAUUUUGUAAUUAAACAAAUCACUGUCUGACAUGGUCUUUCAUACAAUUAUGUCUGUGGAUGUCACCGUCUUUCUAGUUCCUGACUGAGUAAUGUAAAACCUUUCUUGGCAAUUGGUAUCAGCAAAGAUAAUCAAAAUUUUUUAAUAACCAAAGUCAGGGGAAAACCCUUUUACUUACUAAUAAAUAUUUUAUGAUGUGGA